AUGUCUUCAGCAGCUCGCCAGUUCGUUCUCCCAGACCUUCUCGCCGCUGUCCCGUUCAAGGGGGCUACAAGUCAACACUACACCAAAGCUGCCGCAGAGUCGUCUGCUUGGGUGAACAGCUACAACCUCUUCGGCGACCGCAAGCGGGCCGAGUUCAUCCAGGGUAGCAAUGAGCUGCUCGUGUCCCACACUUACCCUUACGCCGACUACGAGCAGUUUCGUACUUGCUGCGAUUUCGUCAACCUCCUCUUCGUCGUAGACGAGGUCAGCGACGAGCAGAAUGGCAAGGAUGCUAGGGCGACGGGGGAAGUGUACCUGAAUGCCAUGCGUCACCAAGACUGGGACGACGGCUCCGCGCUGUCCAAGAUGACGAGGGAAUUCAAGGCGCGUCUUCUUCAGUUUGCGCGGCCGGGCUGUUUCCGUCGCUUCUUGAAACACUGUGAGGACUACGUCGAAAAUGUCGCCAAAGAAGCGGAGUAUCGCGAGUGCGGCCACGUCCCGAACAUGGCGACAUUUGAGCCGCUUCGUCGCGAAAAUAGCGCCGUCAGGCUCUGUUUCGGUCUGUUCGAAUAUUGUUAUGGAGCCGACCUCCCGGAAGAGGUGUUCGAGGACUCUGUCUUCAUGGAGCUCUAUUGGGCCGCAGCUGAUGUGGUCUGUUGGUCGAACGACAUCUACUCCUACAAUAUGGAGCAAGCGAAGGGGCUUAGCGGGAACAACAUUGUCACUGUGCUGAUGCAAGAGAAGGGCGUGGACCUUCAAACUGCGUCUAACCUUGUGGGUGUGCACUGCCGUGAACUCAUGGACCGGUUCGUCGCUGCGAAGAGCAAAUUGCGAAGUUGGGGCCCUGCAGUAGACCCUGCCGUGGCGUUUUAUGUGAGGGCGAUGGAGCACUGGGUUAUCGGAAAUCUCGAAUGGAGCUUCGAGUCGCAGCGCUACUUUGGCGUCCUGCAUGCGCAGGUCAAAGAGACCCGCGUCGUCCACCUCCGACCAUGCGCAAGAGAGGACGACGAUGAUUCGCAAGAAGAUUGA